GUCACGUCUCUCGUCUACCUUUGUUUGGCUUUUAUGGGGCACACAGUACGAAAUUGGAUUUCGAGAUUUCAAUCCGAGAGAAUUCAGAAUUGCAUUCUCCCAUGGAAAGAUCAGGAUUCAGAAAGAUCACAAGAGAGAUGAUUCAACGGUCCCAAACACAGAGCUCACAGCAGCGGAACCUGGUCCCUCCACCACCAGAUUCCAUCCCUCUCCGAAACCGGGAAAACUUGAAACUCUACUCACUACUGUACCCCCUUCCUCUAUACUUCGCUCUCUCUCCUCCAUCAUGAUUUCGUAACAAACAAACACAAGCAAUGCAAUUUUUUUCUUUGCCACAAGAAAUUCCUGCAUUGAUGAUGGCGGGAUUGGGAAGCUGCAGCCUGCCGACUGACAGGCAGCAGCAGCAGUACCAGCUUCUCUCUCAUAGGGAAUCGUGCCGUUUCCGCCCCAGGAAGGCAUUCUUCUGCGCAUGCGAGAAGAGCCUCUUCAAUGCUCUCCAUCGCAUUACAUAUACAGCUGUGAACAUUGAAUUUCUAGUAUCUCUCGGUGAUCUCUCCGUCUCUCUGUUUUGAUUCUAGGGAAAAUGGCUGGGCAAUUUUGCUGACUGACCGCAUUGACUUCGUCGUGUUGAAGGAGCAGCAGCAGAACGGACGUCGGAGAAGGAGACUCGAGAGAGGUGAGAAACUGAUUUGCUUUCUAUGUGCUGCUCUCGCUAUUCCUUUGUUGAAAUUGAAAUUGAUUGCUUCUUCCGUUUCAAAGUUUCUGUUUCGCUGUUUGUCCACCGAGAAACCGAAGGAAAAUUGGGAGGUUUGAAUUGAAUUUUCUGGUACCAAUGGAAUAGUGGAAACUUCUCUAAUUCUGGUUGCGUACGGAGAUGUCUAAUGGCGCUCAUGUGUGCUAAACGGCGGGUUUUUAGGAUCUUGGGCUGCUGCUGCUGCUGCUGCCAUUGAGUUAUACCUAAUCUGAUACCAAUCUGAAUUCUGAAUGCACAGUACAUGCCUCUCUAUCAACCUCGCAUGCAAGUUUGAUUUGAAUUGUUUAAUGAAUUUGUUUUGGGGACGAGUCAACAAGCACAUGUUAUUGCUGGGCCACUAGUUGACAUUACUGUUAAAAGUCUUCGUUGCUUCAUAUCUCAUCUUGCAUUUCCGUCCCAUUCAAGGCUAUUCACUUCCUUUCUUUCCUUCAAUUGCAAUUCUUGCUUUUGCUUUCUCUACGCAAUCAUCCUUCCUUGCCCUGCAUUUGUAGUUAGAAUGAAAAUUUCGGUAGCAUUUGCAGAGAAGGUACCUUUUUCUGUGCUCUGGAUAUGUGGUCUUCAAAUGUGUGCUCCAUUUUUUUGAGUCUUGAUGCUUUAAAAGGUUAAAUAGACGAGUAAGAAUACUGUGCCUUGUUGCUGUCAUUUCAAUAGAGCCCCAGUUGAAUAAUGCCAUGAAUCCCCAGGUACCCUGAUUAUGCAAUUGUACCUUCAACAGAGGGUCAAACAUUUUUGCACAAUAUCAUCUCUGGGCUUCACCCUUUUGAAGGCAUGCUGUACUCUUUCAUCCCCCCGCCAACUGUUCUUGAUUGAUGCUAUUGUGUGGUGUUGAUUUCAUUCAUGAAUUAGCAAAUUUGCAACGUGACAUUAGUGUUUCUUUCUAUAUUAAUUUGGCAGGUACUUGAAUCCCUAGCAAUCUCUCCAUUCUGCUCAAUCAACUCGGUCCUGCAAUGAGCAACCUUAAGCUAGGAGUAGACGUAGUCGGCGCACACAAUCUUCUCCCCAAAGAUGGCGAAGGUUCAUCCAGUGCAUUCGUCGAGCUAUGCUUCGAGGGCCAGAAGUUCCGCACCACCAUCAAAGAAAAGGAUCUGAACCCGGUCUGGGAUGAGAGCUUCUACUUCAACAUCACCGAUCCUGCCAACCUUCACUACCUCACUCUUGACGCCUAUGUCUACAACAACGUCAGAGCUGCUAACUCCAGAACUUUCCUCGGCAAGGUUUCUAUCCAUGGCAACUCCUUCGUCCCUCAUUCCGAUGCUGUAGUUCUCCAUUACCCUCUAGAAAAGCGGGGCAUUUUCUCUCGUGUCAAGGGAGAGCUCGGCCUGAAAGUUUACAUCACUGAUCGUAAUCCGUCCAUGAAAUCCUCAGCACCUGCUGAAUCAAUGCCGCAAGGUCAUCAGCCUGGUAGAGAAAAAGGUGAAAGGCACACAUUUCACCAUCUACCCAACUCAAGCCACCACAGUCAUCGCCACCACCACAAUGCAGAAGCAUCUUCAGCAGCAGCAGAAGUGGCAACAACUCAUCAUGUUCCGAAGUACGUUGCUGAUGAGAUGAGAGCUGCUUCUGCUGAACAUCAGCAGCAGAAGCUAGUCCGUAUGUACUCCGCAUCAGCAGGACAGCCUGUCGACUAUGCACUCAAAGAGACGAGUCCUUUCCUCGGAGGAGGGCGGGUGGUUGGGGGAAGAGUGAUCCAUGCUGACAAAACAGCAAGCACUUAUGAUCUCGUAGAAAGAAUGUUCUUCUUGUAUGUGAGAGUUGUGAAAGCUCGAGAUCUUCCAGCAAUGGACGUGACAGGGAGCGUUGACCCCUUUGUGGAAGUGAGAAUUGGAAACUACAGAGGAAUCACCAGGCACUUCAACGACAGGCAGAAUCCGGAGUGGAACCAGGUUUUCGCUUUCUCGAGGGAACGAAUGCAGGCUUCCACUCUUGAAGUUGUGAUCAAGGAUAAAGAUCUUGUAAAGGAUGACUUCAUUGGAGUUGUAAGAUUCGAUAUCAACGAGAUCCCUCUUAGAGUCCCGCCAGACAGUCCUCUGGCUCCUGAGUGGUAUCGCCUGGGGGACAAGAAGGGAGACAAGGUGAAAGGCGAGCUGAUGCUCGCCGUCUGGAUUGGAACUCAAGCUGAUGAAGCAUUCUCCGACGCUUGGCACUCCGAUGCAGCUACUCCAGUCGACAGCUCCCCUGCUGCCUCGACUGUGAUACGCUCAAAGGUGUACCAUGCGCCGAGGCUGUGGUAUGUCCGGGUGAAUGUCGUCGAGGCGCAGGAUUUGUUCCCAUCGGAGAGGACUCGAUUUCCCGAUGUGUACGUCAAGGUACAAAUAGGCCAUCAGGUGUUGAAAACCAAGACCUGCCAGGCUCGAACGUUUAACGCCCUAUGGAAUGAGGAUCUUCUCUUUGUUGCAGCAGAGCCGUUUGAUGAUCAUUUGGUCAUUUCAGUUGAGGAUCGCGUGGCACCCGGGAGAGAUGAGAUAAUCGGGAGGGUUGUUUUACCGUUGAGCGCUGUGGAGAAGCGAGCUGAUGAUCGGAUCAUUCAUUCCCGGUGGUUCAACCUAGAGAAACCGGUUGCUGUGGAUGUGGACCAGUUGAAGAAGGAGAAGUUCUCUAGCCGGAUUCAUCUCCGAGUCUGUCUAGAUGGAGGGUACCAUGUUUUAGACGAAUCCACCCACUACAGCAGCGAUCUCCGUCCCACAGCGAAGCAGCUCUGGCGACCGCCGGUUGGGUUGCUGGAACUUGGAGUCCUGAAUGCGGUCGGACUCCAUCCCAUGAAGACCAGGGACGGCAGGGGAACUUCGGACACGUUCUGUGUAGCCAAAUACGGUCACAAAUGGGUUCGAACUCGUACCCUGAUCGACAACCUGAGCCCCAAGUAUAACGAGCAGUAUACUUGGGAGGUGUUCGAUCCGGCCACCGUCUUGACCGUCGGUGUAUUCGACAAUGGCCAGCUCGGCGAAAGGGGAGGAAAGGAUUUGAAAAUCGGCAAGGUCAGAAUCCGAAUUUCGACCCUCGAAACUGGCCGGGUUUACACACAUUCAUACCCUUUGCUAGUCCUGCACCCAACAGGGCUGAAGAAAAUGGGUGAGAUUCAUUUAGCAAUAAGGUUCACUUGCACAUCUUUCGCCAACAUGUUGUACCAGUACGGCAAACCACUCCUGCCUAAAAUGCACUACGUCAGGCCAUUUAGCGUUAUGCAACUAGACAUGCUCCGUUUCCAGGCCGUCAACAUUGUGGCUCUCCGGCUAGGAAGGUCGGAGCCGCCGCUGCGAAAGGAGGUGGUGGAGUACAUGUCCGAUGCAGAUUCCCAUCUGUGGAGCAUGAGGAAGAGCAAGGCCAAUUUCUUCCGGCUGAUGACGGUCUUCUCGGGGCUCUUCGCCGCCGGGAAGUGGUUCACAGACAUAUGCAUGUGGAAGAAUCCGAUCACGACGGUUCUCGUCCACGUGCUUUACUUGAUGCUGGCUUGCUUCCCGGAGCUGAUACUGCCCACGAGUUUCCUCUACAUGUUUCUCAUUGGAGUUUGGAAUUACCGGUACCGGCCUAGGUACCCACCUCAUAUGAACACCAAGCUGUCACAGGCUGAGGCGGUUCAUCCCGACGAGAUGGACGAGGAGUUCGACACUUUCCCGACGAGCAGGAGUCCUGAUUUGGUCAGGAUGAGGUACGACAGGCUGAGGAGCGUUGCCGGCCGCAUUCAGACGGUGGUCGGCGAUGUAGCGACGCAAGGGGAAAGGUUUCAGGCGCUUUUGAGCUGGCGGGACCCGCGCGCCACUGCCGUUUUUAUCACGUUCUGUCUUGUGGCUGCGGUUGUUCUGUUUGUGACGCCGGUUCAGGUGAUUGCGGCUCUGGCGGGGUUUUAUGUGAUGAGGCAUCCGAGGUUCCGGUACCGGACGCCGUCGCCGCCGAUUAACUUCUUCCGCCGGCUGCCUGCUCGGUCGGAUAGUAUGCUGUAAAAAGAAUUAGAUGUCUGACCGCUGUGGUGUAAAUGGACCGCUACCUCUUCGGCAGGCCCAGUUCUAUUGGGCCAUCACCCAUCAGUGGUCCUGUCUAUUCCCGUUAUUUACUUUUGGGCAGUUCAUGGUGCUGUUGAAGCCCAAAUGAGGUACUUAUUUAUCUUUUUAUUCUUCUCCCGCUGCGGAUGAUUUAAGUUGUACUGCGAAGUGCGAACUACUAAUCUAGUAUCAAUUUUUUUUUUCAAUUAUGAAUUCAAUAAUCCCGUACGAAACAAAGAUAUAAAUCAUAUAAUGAACAAGAAUUUGUUUA